AUGGAGGCAGUACUCGUCCCGUUCGUCUUCGUUUUCAUAGCCUUAAUAUUGCAAGCUGGGGAAGUAAAGAGCAACGCAGAAGAAGAGGCUUUGACCAGUCUCAGAAACAGUCUGGCUGACCCAAAUAAUGUUCUUGCCAGUUGGGAUCCAACUCUCGUAACUCCAUGCACUUGGUUUCACAUUACUUGCAACUCAGACAAUCGCGUCGUUCGACUGAGUUUAUACGAGAACAAGAUUGAAGGGACUAUCCCAGCAGAUAUUGGCAACCUGACGAAGCUUAUGGCCCUGGAUUUGAGGGCCAAUUCAAUUUCAGGCACAAUCCCUCCAUCUUUGGGGCAGAAUUUACAGUCACUAACAUUUUUAGGGCUCGAGGAUAAUCGAUUAACUGGGCAGGUUCCGCACGAGCUUGGCAACAUUCCAAAUCUUAAAUUUUUGAAUAUUUCGAACAAUAACUUGUGUGGAUUUCUUCCUAUUGAACUUCUACGCGUUCCAACGCUCGACUGGUCUAACAAUCCUGGAAUUGGGAAAGUUUGCCCAUGAAGAUGGAGAAUCGAAGAAGUACUCUUAACUUUAUUUUUGUUGUUGCUA